AUGCAGAACUCCGUGAACAAUAUGGAGAACCCAGAUACCAUAGGACAACUCUCAUUUGUACCUACUACCCGAACCACAGUUGUAACAACCACCACGACCACAACCACAUCCUUCCCACCGCUGAUAAUCAAGCCUCCUCGGAGUUUAAGCCAACUUGAUACGAAGGAAUAUCCUUUGGCGACCACCCCUACUCCUUUAGCAUUGAAGCGAUUUUGUUUCGACCUCAACGGGCAUCCAACUUAUUUCCGUGAAAGUGACGAUCCGAAUAAAACCCUAAUAAACCUGCAAAAUCUGGUCAAUGGGAUAAAGGAUGGAAAAGGUACUAUACGUGUAGUCAACAGUGGAGAGCAACGUUAUCAGACACCGCCCGUAUCCCAAGUUGAUGCUGUCGACGUGCUAUCUGCUGGUAUUGGUGCUAGGAAACGCCCGGCUUCUCCGUUACCAGCAAUCGAGUUGUCCGAGAAGUCUACUCCUUACCAGAAAACGAAACGCAGACAUACAUCGAAGACGAAAGCAGAUACACAGCCAGUCCGAUUUUCUAAACACCGGGGGCAGCCAAGCCAAACUAUAAUUACCCCUUCGUCUGGGUUUCUUACUAACGGUUCUCCUAACUUGCACCCCGUCCGCUCCCUGGGAUUCGGUUCUACGCCUUCUGUAGAUGGCCGCCCUCCAGCUUCAUGGCCGAGCGUGCCCGAGUUUGCUCAAUUUAGUGGUGCCGGGCAGCGAGAAACUCCAGUCGUGAUACCACCAUACGCAACCCGACCCUCGUUAGUAUUUACACCAACGGAACAAGAAGGUUCACGAUUUGCGGCCCGCCAAGCCGACUUAAACGUUUCCGUACGAUCGCUAGGUGAAGGCACAAGCGAUUCGGGAAAUCCAGUUCAUGAUCUAGGCGACUCUAUGCCAACACUUACGAACGAGCCACCUAGUUUGCCAUCACCAAGUCUUAGCCCUGUUACGGCCGCACUGACCCUCGGGAAAUCCAGAACUGAUUAUUUCACCCGAUCUGAAAGCCAUGAGGAUGAUCCGGAGUCCCCAUUAGCGUUAUCACAUGCGGGAGACGGUGUGGAGGACGUGGACGUCGUGCCGUUCGACGAAACUUCGUCCUUAUCACUAGGGACGGGUGGCCUUGAUGGAAUCCCAGGCUUAAUGCAACUUCCUCAGAUGGUUGACACUUUUGAUUCAAUGCCCCAGGCGAUCAAAUCGUACCUCAUGUACCAGUUCCUGAGGCGAUGCGAUAAAAACACACUCCAGUUCGUUGCUGGUGUAGUUAAUCCGGCUCUUAAAUGCGACUUCCUUGCUAAACUACCCACGGAACUCUCUCUGAACAUCAUCAAAUUUUUGGACUAUAGAAGUCUGGCGAGCGCCGCGCAAGUGUCCAAAAAAUGGAGAGUUCUGAUUGACUCCGAUGAGUGGACUUGGAAACGCUUGUUCGAGGCCGACGGCUAUAUGUUAGCCGACGGGGAAUUAGAACGUGCAGUCAGAGAGGGCUGGGGCUACCAGGACCCAGAAGGCUUUCUGGAUUGCGAGAAGGACAUUCAAAUAUGCCUCGCAAAGGGGGCUUUCUCUUCGACAUCGUCACUCCUCUCAAAUUCUAUCCGGAAGCGCAAAGUAACAAGACUUUCACUCAAAAAAUCACAAAAGCAGCGGCAAACUGUUGAAUCUCUUGGCAAAGAUGAAUUCAAGGAAUUAAUACAUGACCUUUCUAGCAACGAGGGCUUCGCAGCCGCUGUUCACGCGGCGUCUGCGAACCCCCCUCCUAGUGUUGGUCUACCCUCCUUAACAAAUCUCCAUUUGUAUAAAUCGCUCUAUCGGCGACAUCAUAUUAUCAGGAAGAGCUGGGUCCGGCCUGAUGUUCAGCCGCGCCAUAUAUCUUUCCGUGGCCAUCAGCGAUUUGUUGUGACCUGUCUUCAGUUUGACUCAGAAAGAAUUUUGACUGGAUCGGAUGAUACUAAUAUCAAUGUUUAUGACACUAACACCGGUGCUUUGCUCGCCAAGCUGGAAGGACAUGAGGGUGGCGUUUGGGCUCUGCAAUAUCACAACAAUACUCUUGUUUCCGGAUCUACGGACAGAACUGUGAGGGUUUGGGACAUCGAAUCCGCAGAAUGCACACAGGUAUUCCAUGGACACACGUCUACGGUUCGGUGUCUUCAGAUUCUUUUACCUACCAAAAUAAGCACGAGUGAUGGGAAAUCCACUAUUAUGCCAAAACAACCUUUAAUUAUCACCGGUUCGAGGGAUUCUACCCUCAAGAUAUGGAGACUUCCUACAAGAGCUGAUAAGCCUUACAAGCCAUCGACGACUGCCGAUAUUGAUAAUCAGCCCCCAAACCCAUUCCUUAUCCGCACCUUACAGGGUCAUGGCCAUUCGGUACGUGCUAUUGCCGCUCAUGGUGAUACCCUCGUCAGCGGGAGCUACGAUAAUUUUGUACGUGUUUGGAAGAUAUCGACAGGGGAGUGCGUCCAUAGACUUGCUGGCCACACGGCCAAAGUAUAUAGUGUAGUACUCGAUCACAAACGGAACCGUUGUAUCAGUGGAAGUAUGGAUAGCUGCGUCAAAGUAUGGAGUCUGGACAACGGUGCCCUCCUCUACACUCUAGAAGGCCAUACAUCUCUUGUCGGGUUGCUCGACCUUUCUCACGACUACCUUGUUUCCGCUGCAGCAGAUGCCUCUCUCCGAAUUUGGGACCCUGAAACUGGCCAGCUUCGGCACACUCUUUCGGCACACACAGGGGCUAUAACCUGCUUCCAGCAUGACGGACAUAAGGUAAUUUCAGGUUCCGAUGGGACUUUGAAGAUGUGGAACAUCAAAACCGGUAGAUUCAUCCGCGACCUCCUGACAAAUCUCAGCGGGGUCUGGCAGGUUAAAUUCAACGAACGUCGGUGCGUUGCCGCCGUCCAACGGGAGAACCUAACAUUUAUCGAGGUGCUUGACUUUGGAGCAGCUCGGGAUGGUAUUCCCGACGAUCAACGCGGGCGACGGAUCGUUGUUAAUUCCAAAGGCGUUGAAGUUGACCCAGCCGAGAUUAUAAAUGACGACUUAUGA